CACCUGCAUUUUCAGUGUUUGCUGGCCCAUUUUCCUUGACCGAUUUGUCUCUCUCCCACCCACCCACGCAGGAGGUUGCUGGCAGGGCACCGUGAUCCCCUUCACCAGCACCUGGGCUCGGAAACGCUGCCCAAAGCUGAGGCGCUCGGCGAGUUCGUGCAGCGUUCGCUCUGCAGGGAAAAACCAAAAGCAUUUCACAAUCUGCUGGGUCCCAGUCCGUGCCAGUCCCAGCCCCAGCUCGGCGGAGCUCCCGGCGGGGUUGGCAGCCUUCCCCGGCAGCCGGCAUUCCUGCGACGCAGCCGGCAGAAGCGGAGGCGCUGGGAGGAGGGAAGGAGCCAGCCCUGACGGUGGGAAGGGAGCGCUGAGCAGCCAUGGAGAGGAUGCAGCAGGUCGUGGGGCAGGCGAGAGCUGCCUUCAACUCGGGCCGGUGCCGCUCGCUGGAGUUCAGGAUGCAGCAGCUGAAGGCCCUGGAGCGGAUGGUGCAGGAGAAGGAGAAGGAGAUCCUGGCAGCCAUCAAGGCAGAUCUGCACAAGUGUGGGCCCAACGCGUACAGCCACGAGAUCCUGGGCGUGCUGGGGGAGCUGGCCCUGGCCAUGGACAAGCUGCCGUCCUGGGCAGCCCCUCAGCCCGUGAAGAAGAACCUGCUGACGAUGCGGGACGAGGCGUACAUCUGCCCCGAGCCGCUGGGGGUGGUGCUGAUCAUCGGGGCCUGGAACUACCCCUUUGUCCUGGUGAUGCAGCCUCUGGUCGGGGCCAUCGCGGCAGGCAACGCCGUGGUGGUGAAGCCGUCGGAGAUCAGCGCGAACACGGCUCAGCUAGUGGCUGAUCUCCUCCCCCAGUAUCUUGAUCGGGAGCUGUACCCCGUGGUCACUGGAGGAGUGCCGGAGACAACGGCGCUGCUGACCCAGCGGUUCGAUCACAUCCUCUACACCGGCAACUCCACAGUGGGCAAAAUCGUGAUGGCGGCGGCCGCCAAGCACCUGACGCCCGUCACCCUGGAGCUGGGCGGGAAGAGCCCCUGCUACAUCGACAAGGACUGUGACCUGGCCGUCGCCUGCAGGCGGAUAACGUGGGGGAAGUACAUGAACUGUGGGCAAACCUGCAUCGCCCCCGAUUACAUCCUCUGCGACCCGUCCAUCCAGAGCGAGGUGGUGGAGAACAUCAAGGCGACUCUGCAGGAGUUCUACGGGGAAGACGUGAAGUCGUCUCCCGAUUAUGAAAGGAUCGUCAACAAACAUCACUUCAAGAGGAUCCUGGGGCUGUUGGAAGGGCAGAAGAUCGCUCAUGGAGGAGAGGCUGACGAGGCCUCCUGCUUCAUAGCCCCCACUAUCCUCACCGACGUUUCUCCGGAGUCAAAGGUGAUGGAGGAGGAAAUCUUUGGACCGGUCCUCCCCAUUCUGACCGUGAAGAGCGUAGACGAAGCCAUUGAGUUCAUCAACCGUCGGGAGAAGCCCCUUGCCCUCUAUGUCUUCUCCAACAACAAGAAGUUAAUCAAAAGAGUCAUCUCGGAAACUUCCAGUGGGGGUUUUACUGGAAACGAUGUCAUCAUGCAUUUCUUCCUCUCAACUUUACCCUUUGGUGGUGUCGGUAACAGCGGGAUGGGCGCCUACCACGGCAAGCACAGCUUUGAGACCUUCUCCCACCGCCGCGCCUGCUUGAUCAAGGACCUGAAGAUGGAGGGUACGAACAAACUCCGGUACCCACCUGGCAGCCAGAAGAAGGUGGAUUGGGCCAAGUUCUUCCUCUUGAAGCGGUUUAACAAGACUCGAAUGGGACUGGUCAUCUUGGCCCUGCUGGGGAUUGUGACAGCGGUGGUGAUAAAGGUGGCUUACUACUGAAGAGAGGAGAAGGCGCCGUAUGGAAGUCACGCUCUGAGUGCUCGCUUUGCGUCUGUUUCCUUAAGCUGAGAAGUCAUUUUUUUUCUUUUGUACUGGGUUAUUUCAGUGAGCUGUCGAGCACACAGAGUAGCCUUAGAGAGGCAUUAACCAAGAGAAGGCUCAGACUCCUGCUUACUAAAAAGCCACGCUGAAACAGAGGGACCAGUGGGUACAAGCUCUCAAAAGGAGGACUGCAGAGCAAGAAAUACCAGUCCCUACCUCCACCCCGUGCCACGCAGAGCACCACUUCCAGGGACGCACACCCUGUGUCUUGCACCAAACCGCUUACCUUCCUUUAGUGACAAACAGGAGCUGAAGUUUCAGCUGUGAUGGGGUUGACAGUGUUUUCCCUGCAGUUUUCAGGAUGGUCUGUCUUCUGUUGUGCUCCAAACAGCCACACUCUUGGUGACAAGUCGGAGGCAGGCUGUGCUGGCUGAUGCGUUUUAUCAAUAGUGUCGGUUAUGAAUAAAUCUAGUGAGGUUCCCCUUGCUGUUUAAUUGAGGUGAAAUAUUUAUGGAUCUCUGUGAACCAGAGCUGUCAGGGGGUGCAGGGUGAUGCCCUUUCUGGGGCUCUGGGCUUCACCGUUGGCCCGUAACAAUUAUUUGGCAGUUAGAAAAUUACAAAGAGGAUACACACACUGCCUGUAUUUUGCUGAUAAGGGUGUUUUAUGCUCAUACAAAAGAACUUUAAGGCCUGUUUAGAGAAGUGGGAAUCACAAAGUGCCCUGUUGUGGGUCAGCCCAGGUGGGCAUCUGAGCUCCACACAGCCGCUCGCUCCCUCCCCGAGUGGGUCAGGGAAGAGAAUUGGAAGGGUAAAAGUAAGAAAACUUGAAGGUUGAGAUAAAAAUAGUUUAAUAGGUAAGGCGAUAGCUGGGCAUGCAAGCAAACAAAGAACCCAUCCGUCACUUCCCCUCAGCCGGCCAUCCCCAGGAAAGCAGGGCUUUGUCACACGUAACGGUGACUUGGGAAGACGGACGCCGUAACUCCCAGUGCCCGCCCCUGCCUUCCUCUUCUUUCCCUCUCAGCUUUUAUUGCUGAGCACAAUGUCAUAUGGUCUGGAAUAUCCCUUUGGUCAGUUGGGGUCAGCUCUCCCAGCAGUGUCCCCUCCCCGCUUCUUGCUGACCCCUUCCUGCGUGCUGCAGGGUGGUGUGAGAAACAGAGACACCCUGAUGCUGCACAAGCACAGUUCAGCAACAGCUAAACCGUGGUGUGGUAGCAACACUGGUUUGGUCACAAACCCAAAACACAGCACCAUCCUAUGAUAAAGAGACUUAGCGACUAAGAUGAAAAUUAACUCCAUCCCAGCCAAAACCAGUAGAAACCUGUUCCUGGUCAGAUUCCUCCAAGACUGUGUACUCCUCUGUGUUUGAGCUUUUGGGUCUGCUGUAGUCUUGCACUGGGAGAUCAUGUGGGGCUUGUUGUAGCUUGGGGAGAGGAUGCUGGAGAAGUUUAAGGUAAAAGGAUGUUAGAAAUGUUAAUGUUUCAAUAAGGAAAAUUUUAAAAUUAUUAUUCAAUGCAAUUAAUAUAGAGUAGAAAAUUAUACUUACUGUGCAAUAGGUGGGAUUUCUUCACGUGUGGUGAAAAUCCAUGUGCUAAGCCUUUUUAAUGAUCUAUUUUGCAAGUACUAAAUAAACACUGAGAAUUUAAAUAAUAAA